AUGAUUUGCAGAAGCUGCCGAACGGGCAUGCUGUCCCGGCUCCAACAGCAACAAGCCGUUUCAUGGACCGUAUCAACAAGCAACCGUCGCUUCCCAAUUGCCCGCGGCCAAUACCGAUCCUACAGCGACAGUGGUGCCAAUCCCUCUGUGGCUGCCACCCCUCCCCCUUCCACUCCGCGCCAGCCUACCGUCAGCGGUGUUACCAUUCCGUCCGCCAUCUCAUCCGCCACCCCCGGUGUCUCCCAGCCCUUCAGCACCCCUGAUGGUGUGCACACUGAGGCGCAUCCUGAUGCGCCUGGCAAGACCGUCUCGCGUGCCCCCAGCAGCUGUCCGGCAGGGACGAAGAUGAACGGCUUGAACUAUUUCCGCAACAAGCCCGAUGUUUUCGCCAAGGAGGACUCGGAAUACCCCGAUUGGUUGUGGGGACUUGCUAAGCGAUUCAAGCAAGCAGUCGAAGACCGAGAAGGGUGGUCCCUCAACAAAAAGCAACGAAAGCGCUAUGAGAAGAAGCUGGCUGCUCGUACUCAGGCCCUCCCUCCCAAAAUCCCCGCCCACCACCACGCCUUCGAUAUCACACCGGCUUCAUACAACCGUGACGCACCCGUCGACAGCAUCACCGAUGCCACCGAGGGUCUUGACAAGCGCCAGGAGGUUACUAGGAGUGCCAGAAGAUGCCCGCCGGAAGUCGAUUAA